AUGAGCUGGCCGGACGCUCAGAGUUUCUGCAGACAGAACUUCUUGGACCUGGUGUCGGUCAGCAGCAUGGAGGACGUGACGCUCCUGACCCAAAUGGUGGAUCUGGACGCCAUGUCUACCACAGCGCAGACGACAAACAGGUACAGAGCCUGGAUCGGUUUGUCUGAGGACCUGGACAGCUGGACGUGGUCCAUCACUGACCCCGACUUCUACAGAGACAGAGAAGCCGUGUUCAGGAACUGGAAAAUUGAGGAACCAGACAACUACCAGGGGAAAGAAAGCUGCGGAGUCCUGAUGUAUUCUGGAGAGUUUGCUGAUUUGGAGACACGAUGCUUCGUUUGUCCUUCUGGACCAAAGAUGAGCUGGUCUGCAGCCCAGAGCUUCUGCAGGCAGCAUCACAGCGACAUGGCCAGCGUCAGGAGCUCAGCGGAGCUCCAGCACAUGAAGGGCCUAGUCCAAUCCUCCGGAGAAAAGGCGGUCUGGAUCGGUCUGUACAGAAACACCUGGUUGUGGGCGGACGGCAGCAACGUCACGUUCAGCCACUGGAGGCCGACAGAACCUAACGGCAGCGCGGAGAACUGCGCGGCGGCGGCGCUGGGCGACGGCGGCGUGUGGGAGGACCUGGGCUGCUCCACACUGAUGCCCUUCUUCUGCUACGAUGUUCCAGGUUCACAGCAGGUGGUGAAGGUGAAGCUGGUGACGUCUUCCUCUCUGGACCUGGGAGACCCGGCGGUGCUGGCGAACCUGCUGCAGCAGUUUGAAGAGAAGCUGAAGGAGGACAGCAGAGUGGAAGGGGAGGUAAAGGUGAGAUGGAUCGACCAAUCAGACGGGAGGAUUUUCCACCAGGACGAGUGACGAGCGUCAGACAGGAAGUCAUGUCUGAUGACAAUAUUGUCUGUUCCUUAUUAACAUGGUUUGCUGUUUUCUGAUAAUCCUCUUUAAUGUAGACAAACAGGACAUUUAUUUGUGAUGUGAUUUAAAAUAUGAAGUUUGAUGUAGAAACUAUCUGUGAAGGCUUCAA